UUCAAAUAUUAUAUCCUUAAAAUUACAAAAUGAUUUCCCUAAUUUCAAUCAUUUUAUUCUCUCACUUCAUUCUAUCAUCAUGGUUGGGCAAUGCACAAGGCGCCACGCUCACAUUCAACGUGAUCCGAUUUGGCGCGAAGCCAGAUGGGAUCACCGACGCCACGCCGCCGUUCCUCAAGGCGUGGGCGGCGGCGUGCGCGGCCGCGACGGCGUCGACGAUUUACGUGCCGAGGGGGCGGUACCUAUUGAGGUCGGCGGAGUUUAGGGGGCCGUGCAAGAGCAAGAUCAGAGUUCAAAUUGAUGGAACUCUUGUAGCUCCGGUUGACUACCGCGCACUCGGAAAUUCCGACUACUGGAUUCUGUUCAUUCAGGUGAACUGGAUCACCGUCGUCGGGGGGAAUCUCGACGCGAAGGGCGCCGGAUUAUGGGCGUGCAAGGCCUCCGGCAAGAGUUGCCCCACCGGAGCAAGGUCAAUCACAUUUAAUUGGGUUAACAACGCUGAGAUUAAAGGGUUAACCUCGAUUAAUAGCCAAUUAAUGCACAUUGUGAUCAAUAGUUGCAAGAAUGUGAAAGUGAGCAAUGUGAAGAUCAUAGCGCCGGAUCUAAGCCCUAACACUGAUGGGAUUCAUGUACAAUCAUCAACGGGAGUCACUAUCACCAAUGCCCUCAUCAAAACCGGCGACGACUGUGUAUCCAUCGGGCCCGGGACUAGGAAUCUGUGGAUGGAAAAGAUUAAAUGUGGCCCCGGACACGGUGUCAGCAUUGGGAGUUUGGGCCGAGCUUUUGAAGAGGAUGGUGUGGAAAACGUGACAUUAAUAAAUUCAGCUUUCAGUGGUUCCGAUAAUGGGCUUCGAAUAAAAACAUGGGCCCGGCCCAGCAAGGGAUUUGUCAGAAAUAUUAAUUUUCGAAAUAUAGUUAUGAAAAAUGUUGAGAAUCCCAUCAUUAUAGACCAAAAUUACUGCCCCAACAAUGAAGGUUGUCCUAGCCAGGGUUCGGGAAUAAAAAUUAGCCAAAUCACAUACCAAAAUAUACAAGGAACAUCUGCAACAAAAGUAGCCAUGACAUUUGACUGCAGCCAUACAAAUCCAUGCAGCAAUAUCAAAUUAAAUGACAUUAAACUCACUUAUUUGAAAUCAACUAAAGCACAAUCCUUCUGCAAAAACAUCGCCGGAAGUUCCGGCGGCGUCAUCAUGCCGGAAAAUUGCUUGUAGCCUGAAAAAGAAGAAGACGAAGACGACGACGACAAUUUUAUGGGAUCGGAGCAAUAUAUGAAUUGCUUAAA